GCUAAAGAAGACACAUCUGCUCCUAGCCCUUCAAAUGCUGUUACCAAUGAAAAGUAUCUAUGAUUGCAGGCAAUAAUGAUACAAGUGUUCAAGUUGUACUACCUGCUCCUACUCCUUCCACAAACUAUACUUCUGCUCCCACCAAGGUCUCCAAGAAAUAUCAAGACAAGGUUGCUAAGUCUGAAGCACUUAAAAAGGAAAAAGAAAAGAACAAGAUGACAGGCAAUGGGCAAAAACAAUUACGAUGUCCUUCUUGUGGUGGAACCGAUCACCCUCGCUCGUCCAGCAAGUUGUGUCCUAUGAAUAAGUUAAAAACAAAGCUUCCAAAGCCCAAGGAUACUGUCAAGAAAACUUUUGUAAUCAAGACAUCUUUGGCUAAUACUUGUAAAUAUCCUGAGUUUGUUACCUUGAUUCAAGUAGUUGACCACAUUACUCAACUGGCAUAUGCUGAAUCCAUUUUUGCUAAUUACUAUUUCUUGAAACUUCUCGAAUAUAAUGAAGAACUACCUAUUGUCACUCAAAAUCUGUUCUACAACAUAUUUUCCAUCUGCUAGUCAAUGAAAGUCUUUCUCCCUUCAAAAGACUAACGGUGCUC